AUGGCGGCGUGGGCUGAUGCGAGGCUUCGGGCAUCACAGGCAUGGAAGCGGAGGCAGUCGCAGUCGUGGUGCGUUGAACAGGUUCUCGUAGCUCUGAUCCACCCCUCAACAAAAAGGCGCGAGCGCGAUCAUCCAUGUCAGACUGACGCGCCUGCAUAUCUUGCCUGCUCACGCACCGGUCGCUCCACACCUGUUGCGCCACCCCCACCCAAGGUGGUCAACCCCCGGCUCAUUGAGCACUGCCAGCCGAUGAAGCCGGUGCUUCAGCAUGGGCCGUGGCGCCACCGUCCUGCUGAGCCCACGGGACCGACGGAUAUCUUUUUAUCCGUAAGGUUCAACGAGGGCUUGCUCGCCGCACAGUCCCUUCAACAUGCGCUGGAGCUCAGAGGCUUGCGAGUCUUCCUGUGCUCUGUGCAGGCGGGGUGUGAUCUUAUCACGACCAUCGCUGAGCACCUUGAUGCGACCAGACUGGUCGUCAUCUUGGGCACUGAGACGUACGGGUAUGACACCGGCUCAGGCUGCUGCACCGCCGAUGAACUUAAGUACAUCGCAGCAGAACAAAAACCUUUUUUUUUGGUGAAGAUGUGCGAAAGGUUCCGUGUACCUUUGGCGCGCUUCAUCUUUGCCGACGUGAUGUAUCACGUCUGGAAGCCCACGUCGGGGCACGUCAAUCUGACACCCGACCCGCUUGUCAACAGCAUCGCCGUGCGCUACCACACGCUGGCCGCGACGUGACCGGCACUUAUCACUGCCGUCGGCGCAAGCGUCAAUGUAAAUAAUUUUACCGUCAGCAUUAUUCAAGGACAAAGUUUACAAGACACCUGUAUUUAAAAUUUUAUGUCCUUUGAAUGCUCCAUCGAUGUACAUACAUAGUACAUACAUGGAUGUAUGUAGGUUAC